GCUGGGGUUUAUGUGCUGAAGUCAGUGUCAGAGAUGAAGUUGUUACUUGCAGUUGCGUUGUUGGUGGCGGCCGUUUCGGCCAAGGUACCCUUGAGGAUUGUUGAGGACCUCGAGGAAACUACUGCGUUUAACUACCACGAGAAGUUUGGUAUCGAGGAGGCGGCGCGCAUCCAGGCCGCCGAGCAGGAGGCCACCAGGAUCGUCGGAGGCAGCAACUCCCGCCUUGGAGACUACCCCUACCAGGCCGGACUCGUGAUCACCCUGACCAAUGGAAGGACUUCAGUGUGCGGAGGCAGUUUGGUGUCUCAAAGCCGAGUGGUGACCGCAGCCCACUGCUGGUACGACGGCAACAACCAGGCCCGCUCCUUCCAGGUGGUGCUUGGGUCCAUCCGCCUGUUCUCUGGAGGCACCCGUAUCGACACCAGCAACGUGGAGAUGCACGGCAGCUGGAACCCCAGGACCACCAGGAACGACAUCGCCAUGAUCAGACUGGGGAGAAACGUGUCUUACAACAACAACAUCCGAGCCAUCGCCCUGCCCACCAGCCUGACCAACCAGAACUUCGCCGGACGCACCGCCAUCGCUUCAGGAUUCGGCGCCACCAGAGACAACAGCGGUGGCAUCCCCAGCAACCAAGUCCUGAGCCACGUGCGCCUGAACGUGAUCAACAACUCGGAGUGCCGGCGCAGCUUCCCCGCCAACGUGUUCGACUCCACCGUGUGCACCAGCGGCUCCGGCGGCGUGGGCACCUGCGGCGGAGACUCCGGCGGCCCGCUCGCCAUCGACCACAACAACCAGAGAGUCCUGAUCGGAGUGACGUCAUUCGGUUCUGCCGCUGGUUGCCAGGUCGGCCUCCCCGCUGCCUUCAGCCGCGUCACCUCCUACCUGUCCUGGAUCCAGGCUAGGCUGUGAACUCAUCAAUAACAACUCAUGAAGACUUUAUUAUAUGACUUUUGAAUAACAUA